CACACAUACACACCUGGAUUGACACCUAGCAAACACUCGUGUGCAGGACACAAGUGAACCAUGAGACCAGAGGCGUGAGAAUGUUGCACCGAUGAGAUGUAACCACUAACAGAAUGGCAUGGCACGGCUCCAUUUCGCUUCCUGCGGCGAUACAGACCGUUGGGUCCGUCUGCGUUCCUGAUCUUUACCAAUCAAGCAGACACGCCUUGGCAUCAACGCCCCAGAUGCCCGAUGUUGACUAUCUUAGUCCUCUUGGCAGCUCCACCUGGAAGCCCAAAGUUUCUUUGUCGUGGUGUCGAAUUGCUCGCGAGCGGCUGUCGCGUUGCAGAUGAAGCUCGAUACGGCGGACCAAUCUCAACGUUGAAUGCGUUCUGACGUGUGCCGCCCAUGACCGGUAUCUGACUGCGGUGGCUCUGAUUUCCCAGGCCUUGAGGCGUGCCAACAGGUGCUAAUUCUAUCUCUAGGUUAGCGGGGCCGCCUCAAAUGAAGGUGAAAAACUCACGGCUGGUAUUAGAUCGACCUCCAAACGCGCGUGAUUGCAAUUGUGGUUUGAGCGGAGGACGGCCACCGAUUCGUUGUUCACCG